CCCCGACCCCGACCCCGACCCCGAAGCCUGAGUCCGACCCGCGCAGGGACUGCGACCCCCGCAGGUGCAGGGGCGCUGGGGCUCCCGGGCCUCCUUAGUUUCCCGGCCCCAGCGUCCAUCCGUGUGGCCUGAAACUUCAGUUUCCUGAGCUUGUCUGGAGAGGGCUGCGCCCAGGUGCCCGGAGAGAGGACUUUUCAGCCAAACGUGGGAAGGCUGCUGCCGGCUGGGUGGUCCUGAAACAGGCUCAUCCCCCCUUUCUGUGGGGGCCUCAGCUUCCCGACAACUGUUGGCAAGAAGGUCCCGGAGGGGGUCUGCGUUGUGUGUCUUCUACACGUUGCUGUAACCUCGAGGAGCUUUGACGGCCGGCGUGGGCUAACCGGGGCCGUUUGCUCUCGCAGUGGGUUAAACCAUCCACGGAUAAGGCAUAGGAUGAGGUGUCAACGUUUGUUUUGAAGUCUCAGGAUUCUUAAGACGGUGGUUUUCCAAAGAACUGUCCCACCCAGAAUCACUUGCUUAAAUACUUGCGUGAAGUACCAUCCUAAGGCUCAGGCUGUGCAUUUCUGUACCUGGCAGGAGUUUUGCAUUCUGCUCUUAAAAAGACGGGGUUUUGAAGAGCAGCUCAGGACCCCAGGCCCAGGGCACUGUCACCAUGAUGGUGCAGGGGUCACCCGAUCUUAGCUCUUCUCCCUGAACAAGUGGCGUGACCCUGGGUGCCCAGCGUAGGGGUGGGUGGGGGCAGGGCAGCACGGUGGGCCUAGGUGGCCAGCCACCCUCCCAGCCUCUUCCCUGCACCCCCCUAGCAGGGCCAGCCUGCCUCUCCGGGCCUGCAUGUGCUGGUGCUGGGAAGCCCUGGCCAGAGGCUGAUGUGAGCGUGUGCGGGAGAGACCGUCACAUCCUGAUGAUGCUUACAGUGGACUACACGCCGGCCCCAGCUAAGGGCCGUAGGGGGAUCGGGCCCCUCAAUUCUGGCCUGUGCUCCUCCAGCCGCCUGCCUGGCCCUGGGCCCUCACUGUGCUGCUCAUGGCUCCUGGCCAGGACCCUGCAUCGAAGCCCCUCUCCCCUGGGAGCAUGGAGGGACGGUCGCUGGUGGCACCAGCCAACGCGUGCCCCAGCUACUUAUAAACCUGGACCUUGUCCUGGCCCAGCCGCGGGCUGCCUUCCGCCUACCUUCCCAGCCAGCUCAGCAAGGAGCCCGGCCCCCGGCUAACCUGCAGUGGGGAGGCCAUGGAGGAGGCCCCGUCCUGAGAGCCUGCGUGCAGCCACGGGAGCGCCGUGACACAGCGAGAUGACCGCAGAGGCCAGGGAUGUCCUGGUUCUGCUGCCCACGCGGGAGCAGCUGCGGCUGGUGGUGGGGGUGCAGGCAACCGGCCGUGAGCUCUUCCAGCAGGUGUGUGACGUGACCAGCAUCAAGGAAGCCCACUUCUUUGGCCUCAGCGUGGUCAGAAACGACGAGUACAUGUUCAUGGAUUUGGAGCAGAAACUCAGCAAGUACUUCUCCAAGGACUGGAAGCGGGAUGCGCACGAGGCCGGAGGGCGGCCCCGCGCGCCCUUUGUCACCUUCCUCAGAGUGCGGUACUACGUGGACAACGGAAGGGUCAUAAGCGACCGGACGGCCAGGCACCUGUACUACUGCCACCUGAAGGAGCGGGUGCUGAGGUCCCAGUGCGCCCACCGUGAGGAGGCCUACUUCCUGCUGGCCGCCUACGGGCUGCAGGCCGACCUGGGCAACCACCGGGAGCCGGUCCACGUGGGGAGGUACUUCGAGCCCCAGGCCUACUUUCCGCCGUGGAUCAUCGCCAAGAGGGGCCGCGCCUACAUCCUCAGGCACGCGCCGGCCAUGCAUCGCGAGCAGCGGGGCCUGAACCCCAAGGAGGCUGUGCUGUGCUUCAUCAGAGAGGCCUGCCGGCUCGAGGACGUCCCCGUCCACUUCUUCAGGCUGUACAAGGACAAGAAGGAGGACAGACCUACCAUCAUCCUGGGACUGACCCUCAAGGGAAUGCAAGUCUACCAGGAGGUGAACCGUGCCCCGGAGCUGCUCUAUGACUUCCCCUGGUCCCACAUUGGGAAGGUGGCAUUUCUGGGGAAGAAGUUCGAGAUGCGGCUGGACGGGCUGCCGUCAGCGCGGAAGCUGGUGUACUACACGGGCUGCGCCUGGCGCUCGCGCCACCUGCUGCAGCUGCUCAGCGCCAGCCACCAGCUGCACCUCAGCCUGCGGCCCGCGCUGCAGAGGCUACGGCAGCGGGAGGAGGCCGAAGAGAAGGAGCACUAUCGCGAGUCCUACAUCCGCGACACGCUGGACCUGGACCUGGACCUGGAUCCGGACCCGGGCGGCAGGGGCUCCCUGGGCAGCGGGGGCAGCAGCCAGCACGUCCCCCGCCGCCUCUCCCUUGGGUCAGCUGACAGCUGCAGCAGCUCCCACACGUCAGGCGUCAGAGAGGCCGGGGAGAUGGCGGUGGACGAGCCCCCGGGUGCUGAGGCCCUCCACGUGGAGAUGCCACCCUGCGGCUCCAGCUCCAUCCGGAGCGGCCACGGCUCAGAGGCUGGCAGCAGAGGCCGGCCGGAGGGGGACGGCCGGGCCCGGGGAGACGCCUCUGGCCCGGAGCCCUCGGCAGUCGUGCAGGUCCCACUGAUCAGGAUGAGGGGCAGGUGUGCGGAGGCCCUGUACCAGAUGCCAGAGGCAGAGCCACCCCACCACAGCCUGGACCGCGCACCGCCGGGAACCUGCAGGUCCACCAACAGCCUCUACCUGGUGCUGUGCAGGGAAGACCAGCUCCUGGAGGAGUUUGUGGUGUAGACGCCUAGAGAUGGGGCUCUGCGCCCUUGGGGCUCACCCACGCUGCACAGUUUGUCCACGUGGCACAGCUGCAUCCACGAGGCACGGCUUGUCCAAUCGGGGCUCCGUCUACACACAUGGCUCGUCCAUGUGGCAAGUCCUGUCCACGUGGGGCUCUGUCUACACAGCACAGCUGCAUCUGCACAGUGGGCUUGGCCCACACCUCCUCCCACCUCAGGACAGUCUCUGGCCCUCACCCCCUCCUGCGCUGGAGGCUCCGGCCACGCCCUGGUUGACUGAGGCCCUCCCCUCGCCCCCUGCCCCCCCUCCUGUAUGAUCACCUGUCAGUGGUGUGGAGCAGGCCCUGACGUCAGGCCUGGAGGGGACCUGGAGGGUUCCACUCUCGUGCCAGCCAUGAUGGGUCCAAGCUCCAUCCAUCUGUGUGACCAAGAGGCAGAAGUCAGGGUCCGACCAUGCGGUCUCCAGGCGAGUGGGGGCUGGCCCCUCGGGUAGCCCUUCCCCAUCUAUUCUGGGAAGGAGGAUGUGGUAGCUGUGCCCACACGGUGGCGAGACCCCGCAGGUUCCCUCUGCACUGACCCCUGAUGGAGGCCAGACCACGCGCACAGCCCUGUGGGAGUCUUUGACCCAAGGCCACAGUCACCUGUCAUUGCACUGGCCACAGGCCUCCGCUAGCCCAGUGUUUGCAAUCCCUCUGUGAGGUGUGGUCCCGGCUGCCACCCCAGGCCUGGCUGGUGGAUGACCCCUGUCCACCACCCACAUGACACGGACAUCCCGGGAGGCACCAUGCCCGAAGCUGCAGGGUCACCUGGACACCUGGUCCCUGCGGAGCUCACAAAACCAGACAGGCAGCUGGUCAACCAGCAAAGCCAUCAUCUCGAUUCUGAAUCCUCCUCCCUCGGCCCCAAGACAGAGCCCCGUGUCCUGGUCCUCUCCCAUCACAGGUCACACGGCAGCGGUGAUCUGCCCACAGGGGCGGCCAGGGCUCCUGCCCUGGGACAGUGCUGGGCACCCUCUAGGGGUCCGAGACUGCAGGUGAGAUGGGGCGGAGCGGGGACCAGCCCCCCGCCACCCUCUGCACCCGACCCACGCUCCAGGGCUGGGGUUGGGAGAGUGUUCCCAGCUUCGCCAUGACGCUGGCAUGUUCACAGCUCCUGCGGCAGCGAUUCCUGGGAAAGUGUGCUUUUGAGGGACAGCUGACCUUCUCUGUGCCGUGGGUGCAUCGAGAGCCCGUGAGCAAGCAGCACGGGACGGCAGGUGCAGGGCCGCAGCCGCAGCCCCAGCAUGGGUUGGCCCACGUGGGUGGGAGGCACGAGGCACGGUGACAGCCACCCCACGCUGGGAGGAUUUGCAUAGUUGUGCCUUCCUUUCAAAGGCAGGCUGGCUUCCCUGAGGCUGAGCCCCGCUUGCAGGUGGCCUCCACCUGUGGAGGGACUGCACACCCCGCCCCGGGAGGAAAAGCAGGGCCUGUCUUACCUGCCUCCUGGCCCCAGGUGGGCCCUGCAACCCUUCCGGAAGCCCUGAGAGCAGGGAUGCGAGACGGUUAAUAACAAGCCCCGAGCCAGAGGCUCCUAGUGGGGCUCAGGGUGCGGGUCAGCUCGUUUGACCUGGGGCCCCUCUGGGCUGCCCCCACCCAAGAUCCGCACCCGCACACCUGCUGUCCCCUUGACCUGGAGGGACCGGCCCCUGCCUGUCUGGAGGCCCCGAGCGCUCAGCGGGCGAUGGUGAGCCCACUGCCACACAGCCCUGCGCCCGUGACGCCUCCCCGUCUCUGGUGCUCGUGCUGGGGCGGCCGCAGCGGCAUGGGAGCUCAGACGGAGGGUGGAGCUGGAGCCCAUGUGUGAGCGCACGUGCAUGCACAUGGCUGGGCGGGUGGGUGCGUGCACACUUGCACGGUGAGGUUGAUGCCCCCCACGCUGGGCUUUUGAUCCUUUCUGUGAAAGGUGAUCUUGUGUGUGUGCACAGCAGGCACGUGUAAUAAAGGACUGAACCCACGCCUUCACA